GCUCAGUGUGCAAUGAUGCGGAUGCUUCAUUAUAGGUUUUGAAGCAGUGAUCAAUACUCUCUGACAGGAGGAUGAAUCCUGCCAAAAAAGGCGCGUUUACUACAAAUGGUUGUUGAUAUCCCCACACAUUGCUGAGCUUACAUUAAUUUUUUGCUUCCCCUUACGAGACGUCGCAUCAUCAAUAGUCUUGAUCCUUUUGUAAACUACGUGCACGUGCCGCGCACCAGAUCAACCACCACCUCUUCAUUGUACUUUGUCUGAUUUUGAUUUUUCGCAAUGUGCAGGAACUACGACGGUCUCAACGACGUGUAUUUGCUUCCGCUUGGUACAAGUUCAAUUGACAAUUGAGUCAUCAUGAUGCGAGGCCUAGUUGCACCAUGUUGCGCGUGUGUGGCCUAUCUGGAGAUGACGAAGUUUGCGUGCCGCUCCACCACGUCAGUCACUUAGCCACCGUUGGCGAGCUAAAAGCCUUUCUCGCGGACCGAUGGCCGCGGGCUCCCCCACCGUGCAUUAUUUUGCUCCAAGGAGUAGAUGACGACAAUUUUUUCGAAAAUGAUGAAGGACCCUCACCAGUUGCUGACGGCACGUCGCCGGAGGUGGCAGAAGCAGAGGUGUCAAGAGUUGUUACAUGCGCUCCACGAGGACAUGAGAUGGAGAAGCAGGAUCAACGACAGACGAGGACUCCUGAACAUAGUCUGGGCGGCCCAGAGAAUACACCUGGCAAAAACACAGCGGCGUCCAGUACGAAAGCCACUUCAUCCAGUACAACAGAGGGUCAAAACUACUACGUCCAUGGUGAGGACGAGAGCGAGGAGGUGGGCGAAACUGCGCUGCGUUUGUUAAUCAAGCCCCCGCAGUUUGUGGACAGCGUACCUCCUGCUAGCGACUUUUCCGCGAACGCGCCGCCCAUGGCUUUUCUGGACGCGGCCUUCAGCACGACCUAUUUGGGGCCGGUCGUGUUGGAUUGCAACGCGCUCGAGGCGAUGGAGGUGUUUCGCCAGUUCCUGUACUGGUUUCGGGAAGUCGACGACGCCUGCGCUACAUCCGUACCGCUGCUGCAGCACGUGGUACAGAAUUACGGAUCCGAGAUGGUCUGCAUCAUAGUGGAACGUCUCCUGCGGCUCAAGGCACACAGAGUGCUCGGGGACUACGUAGAACACGGGACCACGAACAGGGGCGGUGAAGAAGAGACCUUUAUUUUCAACAGCGCUGCUGCCUCUACGUCUGCUUCCAGGGGCACUACUUCUCCAGCAGCCGCGAGAAUAGUAAAUGCCUCCUACAACGAAGCAACCGCGUUCGGAGGUGCGUCGGUGCUCCACCUUCUUCUUCGCGGAAUCCUGAAGCCCGUGCCGCUGCUGCCGCCAGAUCGGAAGCUUACGAGCCAGCUACUCACCUACCUCGAAGCACUUCUCAUCCGGGUACUGCGCGAGGCCACGCCGGAGUCGCUGAACACGACCGGGAAAUUUGCGGACGAAGAGAAAAACUGGACCAGCCAGGUCUGUGAGCUCUUUGCCAGUGCAAUUCUGGGUUUAGAACUCUUAACUCGCCCGGAUCUGGAAGUUUCCACUUUGCUGCAAAUCGCGCAGAGCCGGGACCGCUGCUGCACAUGCCUUGUGGUCGCCACGGCUAACGGGCAUUUAGCGGUGUGCGAAAAGAUCGUCGAGAGACUGGGGAAGCAUCUGGAUCAGAAGUAUCUCCGGGUUCGGUACCCGGUCACGCGGCAGCCGAAUGUACUGGGGCAGCUCCGGAAAUCCCUCGGCUACGUGUUCGAGUCUUCCGCGCAGUGCGGGGGAAAGAACGCAGCGGAGAUAUGCGUACACAACGUGAGCCGGAUGGGGGAUCAAGCGGAAGAGUGGCUAGCUCUUUCCGAGCAGCUCAAGCAGCUGGAAAAGAAAGGAUAAAAAAUCUUCAAUGUGUCUGUUGUCGGGACAGUUACGGUAGAAAUACAAGCGACGCAUGAUUAUAUCAGGUGUAUGCGGUACGCAUCUUCAAAGCGCAUCAGAUCCUCACAGCCGCGGGCUCGACAUGUGUCAUCAUUUGGAAAAGAC